GCCUUCUUCCCGUUCCCUUCCCGCCAUUAUUGUCCUCAAACAAUGGGCCCGACCCGUCCUUUUCCACUGGCCUAUUCAAUCAACAGCGCCUUGUCAUGUUUGACACUCAUCACUCCUCUCGACGAUUUGCUUUCUUUUCCUCCCAGAUGUCCAGGCCUCACCGAGUCUUCUGCUACUUGUUUGAUCCUCUUUUUUCAGCCCGUCUGGACAAACUGAUUGGAUGGGGCAGGUAGGGGUAGAUUCGAACCGCCACGCCCGGAAAAAGCAACAAGCAGCAGCAAUAUUGCGUCUUUCGCUGCAUGAGCUAUCCAUUCGCCCAAUCACUCUCUUGCAAUUGGAUGAUCUCGUGUC